AUGUCAACCAGCGGAGGUCGAGGAGGAAGAGGGGGAGGGCACGGAGGUGGAAGAGGGUUCCGUGGCGGUAGAGGAGGAGGAAGAGGAGGAAACGGCGGAGGCGGCGGCGGCGGCGGGGGUCCGGGUAGAGGUGGCAGGUCUCAUUCAGGGCCGUGGGGGAGACUGAAGCCCGUCGACUUGGAUCCUCUGGACAACUACGGUCUCCCUUCAAAGGGUGACACCAGACUCCUCGGGUUCAAGACGCAAGAACAGUACUACACAAAGAUUGUCGAACGCUACAUGACCUUCUGCUCAGACGCCGGCGAGCGCGACGAGCUCCUCCGUCGCUUCGACUCCCUCGACCUCGUAGAUUACCCCUCCGUCUCAGCCGCCUCUUCUCCCAGACUAGACGAUCCGAGCAGCACAAAGGCGCUAUCCGACGUCAUGAUGGCGCUCCGCAAGCUCCGCGAGGGUAUCGUGGCCUCGAAACGCGUCGACGACUUUGCGAUCCAGGCCUACCUAUUCAACAUCCGCCUCUCGGUCCUCGUGAAGCACCCGGAAUCCUACCAUCCGGCCAUCCUCCACGUCUUGCGCACGAUACACCCGGCGCGCAACCUGACCAGCGUGGAGCUGCAAGAGGUGCUGAGCUACCUCGUCCUCGACGCGGCGUGUCGGCGCGGCGACCUGGCGGAGGCUUACGCGAUACGGCACCGGUAUAAACUCCGCGACGCCAAGGUGGAUACCGUUCUGGGGGCGCUGGCGCACGAUAAUUAUGUGGCGUUUAGGAGGGUGCAGAGGAGCGUCGACGGGCACCGGGCGAAGUUGCUCGAGUUUGCAGAGGGCGAUAUGCGGACGCACGUGCUAAAGUGUUUUGGGAGGACUUAUCUGGGCGUCGAUCGGGAGUGGUUGGAGAAGUGUUCUGGGCAGAGCUGGGAGUCGUUGACGCGAGAUCACGGGGUUGGCUGGGAGCUUGAUGGGGCGAGGGUCGUUAUUCGAAAGGUUAGAGCGAAGUGA